AUGUACAUAUACAGCACAACUGCAACAAUAAAUACAACGUCUUUGACAUCAUCAUCAUCAUCAUCAACUGCUACAACAAUAACAACCAUUACCUCAACUCCUUUGUGCAGUGCUGCUUGCUGUGCUAGUGGUACUGGUUGUAUUGCUUGUCUCGACAGUAGUAAUACUCUUGUUUAUUGUUCUUUUUCUGAUGGUGGUUAUUAUUCUGGCUCUUCUUGUUCUUCUGAUGAGGAUGGUUCUGGUGGUGAUUAUUAUACUUGUUCUGGUUAA